AGUGUCUGGGGGAGAACUUUUUGACCGCAUUGUUGAGAAAGGGUUCUACACCGAGAAGGAUGCCAGCACCCUGAUCCGGCAGGUCCUGGAUGCUGUCUACUACCUGCACCGAAUGGGCAUCGUGCACAGGGACCUCAAGCCCGAGAAUCUGCUUUACUACAGCCAGGAUGAAGAGUCAAAAAUCAUGAUCAGUGACUUUGGAUUGUCAAAGAUGGAGGGUAAAGGAGAUGUGAUGUCCACAGCCUGUGGGACUCCUGGCUAUGUUGCUCCUGAAGUGCUGGCUCAGAAGCCCUACAGCAAAGCCGUGGACUGCUGGUCCAUCGGGGUGAUCGCGUACAUCCUGCUCUGUGGGUAUCCACCUUUCUAUGACGAAAACGACUCCAAACUCUUUGAGCAGAUCCUGAAAGCAGAGUAUGAGUUUGACUCUCCGUAUUGGGAUGACAUCUCUGAGUCUGCUAAAGACUUUAUUCGGAAUUUGAUGGAGAAGGACCCUAAUAAAAGAUACACCUGUGAGCAAGCAGCACGGCACCCUUGGAUUGCUGGUGAUACAGCACUCAACAAAAACAUCCAUGAGUCAGUCAGCGCUCAGAUCCGGAAGAACUUCGCAAAAAGCAAAUGGAGACAAGCGUUUAAUGCCACAGCGGUUGUGCGACACAUGAGACGGUUACACCUCGGCAGCAGCUUGGACAGCGCGAGUGCCAGCGUGUCGAGCACCCUCAGCCUCGCCGCACCGCUUCCCGAUGCAACCACGCGGAAAGAUUGUAUGUCUCCAUCCACUCUCUGUAGUUUUGUUUCAUCUGCUUCUUCAGGCGUUUCUGCAGUAGGAGGGAACCGGAGACCCAGACCCACCACAGUGACCACAGUGCACACAGGGAGCAAGUGA